AUGAAGGAGGCCAGUUGCGGGCUUGCUUUUUUGGUCAGAAUUCAAGGUCCAAACAGGGCCGAAAGGCGCAUUUUUGCUAUGCCGGCCAUGAAGUCGCUCUUGACUGCGACCCUGCUGGCUGUCGGAGAGGCCUGCAGCAUCGUUGCUGUGGGGAAAGAUGCCAGUGCCACCGGCUACCCAAUCGUGUCCCACAGCGACGACAGCGGCCCCAGCACCACGGACGUGCGGCUGGUGCGCGUUCCGCGCCGGAAGUGGCCCAAGGGAUCCAAGAGGAAGCUCUACGAGUGGCACAUCCCCUACCCUCGGAUGGCGGCGGAGGAUCUAGCGCCAGAGUAUGCGCCAACCAAAGGUCAGGAGGUGUUCCCUGCGAUUGGCGAACUUGACCAAGUGGAGGAGACCUGGGGAUAUUGGGACACUGAGUACGGCAUGCAGAACGAGUGGGGCCUCUCCAUCGGCGAGUCCACUGGCACGGGGAUGACGGUGGGCUGGGCCACCACCAAGCCGUGGGGCCACUGCCGCGUGGGCAUCGAAGACCUCACGAAGCUGGCCAUGGAGCGCUGCAAGACCGCGCGCUGUGCGGUGCAGCUGAUGGGGGACAUCGCCGUGCAGGAAGGCUUCUUCAGCGCGGACUCCGGGUCACCGGACGCGCCCGCGUACGGUGGCAGCUCCGAGGCGCUGGUGGUGGUGGAUGCUGAGCCCGGAGAUAUGUGGGUCUUCAACGUGCUGACGGGCAAGCACAACGCCAGCGCCAUCUGGGCGGCCCAGCGCCUCCCGAGCGACCACGUGGCGGCGGUGGGGAAUUCCUUCACCAUCCGCAGCCUGGAUCUCAAUGAUCCGGAGAACAACCUCUUCAGCCCAGGCGUCACAUCUUUGGCGGAGGAGAUGGGUUGGUGGCAGCCCUCCGAGGCCAAGUUCCCAGGAGACUUUGACUUCUUCGGCGCCUAUGGCUAUGAGCCCAACAAGGACAACACGCCGCCGGGCCAGCUGGACAGCACGAGGAACCUCCUGUCCUACUACAGCGGCCGGCGCAUGUGGCGGAUCUUCAGCCUUCUGAGCCCCGAAGAGGGCGCAAAGCUGGACCCCAACUUGGGGAACCUGCCCAAGACCAAGAAUCCGUACCCGGCCUCCGUGAGGGCCCCGAAGCACUCGGUGACCCGAGCCAUGGUCAUGAACGCUUUGCGGGACCACUACGAGGGCACUGCCUACGAUCUUACAAAGGGCAUGGCUGCUGGACCGCACGGAAGCCCCAACCGCGGGCCAGUGCACGCGCCAAACCUCAAGGGCCAAUGGGAGCGAGCGAUCUCCAUGUUCCGCACAGCCUACUCCUACGUGCUGGAGCCGCGCCCUGGACGCCGCAGCUUGACAUGGUUCGGAUAUGACGCGGCCCACGGCACCGUGUGGCUGCCGUUCUAUGGGGCCAGCCCAUUGAGUGCCCCAGCCACGCACACCGGACACAGCCUCAACAUGUCCACCUUCAACAUGGACGCAGGAUGGUGGGCCUUCAACUUGAUCAAUCAGUACUCGGACCUGAAUUUCAAAUCCAUCAACGGGGAAGUGAAGAGGAAGGCCAUCGAGAUCGACAAAGAGGCUUUGGCGGCCAUCGAGGAGUGGGAGGAGCAUGUCAAGGACCUGCCCGAGGAGGAAGCGCUGCAAAAACUGGCGCAGAAGUCCAACGACUUUGCCAAUCAGAAGGUGAAGGAGUGGUGGGGCUUUGCUUGGCAAUUGAUUGCCAAGUACGGGCGCCUGGUGAUUACCUACAAUGCGCCCUGGCUCUCAAGUUAG